UCCUGCGUCCCCUUGCUCCCCUUCUCUCCUUUCCCCUUUCCCCCUCCAGCUCUCUCCCUCCUUUCUGCUGGGACCCUCCUGUCUCCCCUCGCACCUCCCCUCACCCUCUCCCCACCUGCUUUUAUCGUCAAGUUGGGUUGCAAGAUUAUGAAGGUGGCAGGAUAUGCAAGGGCCGUUUCUCUCUCUUGGAGUGAACAAAGCUUUGAGACUUGGACAUUUGAUGAAAAAUGUGUAAAAGAGAGUGAGUGAGCGAGUGUGUGAGUUGGUGAAUGAGUGGAAAAAAAUGAAUAAAUGAGUAUGUGUGUGUGCGUGUGUGUGUGUGUGUGUGUGUGUGCAUGCAUGCAUGUGUGAAUAACUGAAUGAAUGAAUGAAUGAAAAUGUGACUGAAAUGAGCUGAUUCUCCACGGGCUCCAGAUCAAUAUAUAUGCAUAAUAAAGUAGUAGGUUAGAAAGUUGCAUUUUAAUGACUGUUGUGAUGGUGUCUGUUGUUAUCUUCACAUUUAGUAGAACUCACAGGUGAACAUUUCUCUGUACUGAACUCUUCCUCUGUAGCUCAUUGAUAACAGAGAGGACAUUCUUUGUUUCAUUUAUAACAUAAUUAUGUAUAGAUAGAUAUUCCUUUUCCUAAGUAAAGAUAACACCAAAUUCAUCUUGGAGGUGAUAACAUCUUUUCUGUGUCCAUGCUAUUUUUUGGAAAGAAUAUAUAUUAAUGAUAUGAAUUAACAUUGUAUGCCAUGUGUAUGUUCCUAAUUAUUUACUUUUUCUUCUUAGAAACUCCUUCCAGUACUUCUCUAUUUUUUUCAUUUUAUCAUCAUUAUUAGUAGUAGUACUUAAGUGGUUUUUUUUUCUAUGUAUUGAAUUUAAGCCUUGUAAGGGGAAGUUGUAAAUUAAGACCAGUUAGUUUUGAUGAUGAUGAUGAUGAUGAUGAAUAACCAAGCUGAUAGUAACUUUAUUUUUGAACACUUAAUAAUACAACAUUCACUGUAGAGGUGAAUGGGUCCUAGGGGGGAGGGGGGAGGCUGAGGAGGGGGGAGGUGGUGUUGCUGCUAUUGAUUACCUAUUCCAGUAAUGCUUGCUCAUAGCACCAGCCAGGUGGAAAAAGAAAGUAGAGGAGAGUGAAGUCAUGUGGUUAAGGAAAAGAAUUGAUGAAAAGUCUGUCUGUUUUUUUUCCCUUUUCUCUUUCUUUUUCUUUACAAGAUUUUGACAGGCCAACUGUUCAUGAAUAUAUGUAUGUGUAUGGAUAUUAUGUAUACUUUAUAUGUGUUUGUAUGUGUGUAUGUAUAUACAUGCAUACAUAUGUAUACUAAUUUGUACUUUUAUGUACACCAAGAACUCUCUGGAAGAUGACUGACUCCUGCUCCCUCUCACCCCAUCUUUAUUCUUUUAUCUUUCUCCUCUUGUAUCCUUUUUAUUUUUAUUUUUAUUUCCUUUUUUUUACUACAUGCCUUUGAUUUAAGAUUUGAUUAUGAUUCUGUUGAUCAAUUUGGCCAGGUGCUUGAGCAUACAUAUGAUUCAUUUUAUUUCUUUUUGUUCUGUUUUCCACCUAUUUCUUUUCUUUUCUUUUAUUUUCCCCUCUUUUUUAUUUUUGUAAUUAUUUAGUUUGACUGCAUCUAACCCAGUAUGUUUAGUUUGUGCAUGAGAAAGAGUUUAUUUAAUAGCAUGAUUUGGUUUUAUUAUUAUUAUUGUUAUAAUUUCUAUUAUUAUCAUUAGAGUUCUAAUUACCCUUAAAUGCAGGCAUGCCUAGCUGCUUUUGCUUAUUAUUCACAAUCUGCAUAAACUUUUUAUUUAUUUUUCAUUCCAGAAACGAUUAGCCUGAAAAAAAAACUCAUAAUCAGGCACUAUAAUGCUAUGCUACUGGCAUGGCUUCCAAUUUUGCUGUGACACUGACCGCUGGGAAAGGCAAUGUGAUAACACGUCGAUGCUGUUGAAGCUAACGAAGGGAAGGAGGGAUGAGGGAAGGAGGGAGGGGUGAGGGAUGAAGGAUGGAGGGAGGGAAGCAGCAGCAGCAGCAGCAGCAGAGCGAGGGAGGGAGGGCCGGUAGAUAUGAAGUGGGGUGGCCAGGCAGGAGGGGAGGCGUGGCCAGGGAAGGGUGAGGGGAGCAUCAAACGAGGAGAGAGGGGCAAGCGAGGUGCUACACUAACCUAGAGACCUGUUAGGAUCAGUGGUGCAAGUGUUGGUGUUGUGUGCAGGGGUGAGUGUGUGGUGCUGCUCAUGGUUGUCCCGUAGAGUUGUGUGGGUGGGCCUGACACCCUCCCUCUCUUGCAGGUGUGUAGGCAUAAAGGCGCAAUGGACUUCACAAUGAACAUGAUGGAUAAUGGUCGGGCCAUCCCUACGUCUCAGGCCGCUGCCGUGGCUGCCAUGGGUGGUCAGGUCGCUUACCAGGCGCACGCCGUGAGUGUGACCCCCACGGUCAGCCAGCAAACGCAGCCACAGCCACAGCCGCAACAGCCACCCCCGCCAGCACCGGCACAGCGAGGCAGCCUGCACGAGAGUGACGGUGGGGCGGGACUGGGGGGGGAGGGCAAGGUCCAGGAGUUGACCAAGGACGACUCUCAGGGGGCCUUCACCCCCCCACCCCGGGUCUCUUCCGUCACGUCACACGAAAGUCGUGUUGAGAAGGGUACCGACACCAAUGACUUUGAACCACUGAUCAAGGUUGAGAUUAGAGGGGGGAUUCCGGGGCUCAAUAUUGGCGGCGAGAAGGACAAAAAUAACAUUGUCCAGUUACACUUCAACAGUGUCAACGAGGUGUUGCAUUACUUUUCGCAGCGGUCAGUGCCACAGCACAUUGAUGCCUUCAAUCUUCUCACCAACCCAGACCUGGUGCGCAAUAUCAACCCCGACCUGGUGCGCAACCACUUCCUGUACGUGCCCAACCCUCAGGAGGGGGUACGGGUGGCCUCCAACGGUUACAGCUCAGGCGGCUCCAACUCGGCCCAGACCCCUCCGGCCCAGGGGGGGCCUGCCACCUCACCUGUAGUCGUCAAGCAAGGCUCCAGCAGCAGUGGGGGCUACAGCAAGCAGGGGGACCGACGGCGGGAGUCUGGCCAGUCGAGCUCCAGCACCCUUGCGCCUGGCUCCCUCAUACCCCGGCCAGGAGUAGACCAGUCAGGAGCAUCUUUUGUCUGCUGGAUCUGUGGCUUGGAUCUGCAGAAAUCUCUGCAGUUUGAGGAACACAUGGUGGAUCAACAUAGUGUGGAUAAACCCUACCGGUGCGAUGACUGUGGAGUCACUUUCAAGCGCAAGGCGCACUUGGACCGGCACCGACGGAUCCACUUGCCCACACGGCCCUACCAGUGUGCAGUGUGUGGCAAGGGCUUCACGCGAAAUGAGCACGUGCGCCGCCACUCCUUCACCCACUCAGGAGAGAAACCCUAUCACUGCCCCACCUGCAACAAGACCUUCUCACGGCGGGAGCACCUCACCAAGCACCUGCUGAGUCACACCAAGCCUCCAGGUCCUCACAGUCCUCCUCCAGGCGGUCAUCCUCACACCCCAGGUUUGGCCACAACGCUACUGCUGCAAACCACGGACCAGAAUGGGCGGCUGGUAACCAUCAACCAAGGGAGCAGUGGAGCUGUGCCCACCUCUGUGGUGACCACCUCGUCCAGCAGCCACCAUGGACCCAGCAGCAGUGGCCACCAGGGCAGUAGUGGUGGCAGUGGCUCAUCACGCGGCCACAACCACAAUGGGGAGCCGGUGCCACGCCCCUACCAGUGUGGUGUGUGUGGCAAGGCUUUCAUCCGCAAUGAGCACCUGCGGCGCCACGUACUGACCCACUCGGGCGAGAAGCCACAUGCCUGCACCACUUGUGGCAAGGCUUUCUCACGCAGGGAGCAUCUCACCAAGCACAUGCGCUCACACAUAAAGCCCUCAGCCAGUGGUUCAACCCAGUCCAGCUCACAGGCCAGCCACGGUUCCAUCCAAGUGGGCGUUUCAGGAAGUGCAGCAACACCCCAGGCUACCCUCACCGUGGCGCAGUCGGCGGCUGUCUCCCUCCCUACUGCAAGUGUUGUGGCCUCCAGUGCAGCCCACCAGCAACCUCCGCCAGGUGUAGCUCACACGGUGGCUGCCUCGCAUGGCACACCUGUGGCCCACGCCGCACACCUCCCCCCUGGCACACACUACCUUCCCAUGUUUGGCCUCCUGGCAGAAGUCGUGUGAGGGCCUUAGUGUGGCUAAAUGACAAACGGUAACCCUCCACAGCUCUUGGUCCUGUUAGUCAUUUUUUUUUUUUUUCCUUUUUUUUUUUCACAAUUUGUGUUCCAUCAUUGUCAAACUUUAUUUUUUGUUUCUAUUUUGUUAAGCCUUUGAUAAUGUCAGCAGCGCUUGGGUAUAGGGAAAGGAGAGCGUGGCUUGCCCAGCCCACCCCUAGCACCAGUGAGGCCAUGCACGAGUCUCCUCAGGGACUCCCGAGAUGCCAGUGCAAAUGCCACAGAAAGGCCAAGCGUUGAAAGGGGCAGCGCAUGCUGACUGAUGCAUUGGCCAUAGAGAGAGAGAGAGAAAGAGAGAGAGAGAGAGAGAAAGAAAAUGUUGUGCCAUGAUCUCCUCCUUUGUAGCUGUGACUGACCACUCGCCAGAGAGAGAGUCCUCUGUUUCUCAUGUCGUCUGUCACCCAAACAAGCCUCAAUAUUUAAAACCUAUCAGAAAUAGAUACAUGUUCAGCCCUUCCCUCACUCCCUCCCCUAAUCCCCGUCAGACUCCCAAGACCAUGCUCUCCCCUCCUCCCCCUCCCAACCACUUUUUACCACCAUCCUUGUCUCAGCCCCAAUCACAUUCCAGUUCCCUUACAGUCAUCUUUUUGGCCACUUAUUCACAUAAAAAGGGAGGAGAGGCAUUGUUAUUAUAUAUUUUUUUUCUCCCCCCACCUUUUCCCAGUGUAGCACUACAAAACAAUGAUGAACAAGCCAUCACCCGUGUCAGAAAUCUUGUAAAUUUUUAUAUCAACCAGUUUUAUGCAGUCCUGUGUACUUAGAGUAUUUGUACAAUGAUUGAGAUAGAUAUUUUCCUGACUGUUUCAAAAAAAGAAAAAAGGUAAAAAAAAAAAAAAAUAAUAAUGAAUAAAAUGUCAUCUGAUGCACCCUGCCAAAGUUGAGAGAGUUUUUUUUAUUAAUGAUUUUUUUUUCUUUUUUUUUUUCUUUUUUUUUUUCUUCAAAAAUGUAGAUAAGCAAUACAGAUAUAAGAUGUUAUAUAAAAAAAAAAUCAUAAUAAUACAGGAGAAAAUAAAUUAUUCGUAAACCUGUAAAGGCAGCUCACAUUAUGGGCCCCCCCACAGAAUAGGCACCAAUUUAUCAAUCAUAUUAUUAUUGUCAUGAUAUUGCUAUCAUUGUUAAUUUUAUAUUCUUUACUUGGUUUGUUAUAUUGUUCUGUGUCUGCUUGAGGGCCCUGUAUAGUUUUUUUUUUUUUUUUUCUCUCUCUCACAUGGGACUCCCUCCCAAUAUUUUGAAGGAAAUCAAUUUUGUCUGUGUGCAUAGACCAUGUUGAUGUAUUGUAGUGUAUCUUGUAAAGAAGUACCUUUUAAUUGUAAAAGUGAUAUUGCCCUGUAAUUAUUUUUAGGAGCGUUCUUCAUAUGCUUAUUGUAGGUGUCUCGAAGGUAGUGUUUUAUACUAGGUAAGAUUGUGUCUCUUGUGUUCCUUUUACAUUUAUUUAAUUCAGUUUUAUUAUUAUAAAAAAAAUUCUUUAAAUUUUUGUUGAUACACAAGGCAGGUAUAUAAGAGAUUGUCCAAAGUUAUCAGUCGUAGCCUUACAGUAGUCCGACCUGCAUCAGUUUCAUGAUGUAGAUUUGGCUGUUAAUUUUUCUUUUUCUUUUCCUUUUCUUUAGUUAUGAAUGCAUUUUCAUAGAAUUAAGACAAUGGCAGAUGAAAGUCCUGAUCUUUGAAACAUUUAUAAACUGUCUUUUAUCGAAAGGUGCUCAAAUAGAGAUGAUGAUAACUUUGGAUCUGCUUUUAAUCUGCAUUUUUUAUUAUUAUUAUUAUUUUUGUCUUCUUCUGAGAAAUGAGAUCUGAUUUUUUGUUUUCUAUUCUGGUUAUUAUUGAUUAUUAUUUGACAUUGUUCUUGGAAGGUCAUGAGAGAGAUGUGACAAUGCUUCAUUCUCCUUUUUUUUUAUUAUUAUUAUUAUUAUUCAGACCUAAAUGGAUUGAGAGUCAUCGCGUUCUUCUCAACGUCAGAUAAUAUUUUUGUAUUAUGGAGUGAUUUUUAAGUCAUGCAUAAAUAUUAGGACUAUUAUACCCCCCCCCCCCCUUUUUUUUUUCUUUUUCUUUAUUCUUCCCCCCUUUUUUCCGUUGUUUUUUUUUUUUUUUUUUUUUUUCCAGUUCAAUCCAAGUUAAUAUUUCUUUCUUGGGAAGCAUACUCAUGGCUAUGCUUUUGUAUAUUGGGAUAUGGCAUUGUGGUUGGCAAUGUAUCUAGUGGACAUGUGACUGCAAGCAACUGCAAUGUGAAAUCCUUGGAGAACUGUAGUAAAGUACUAAUACAUGAUGUGUUUUAUCACAUUGCCUGUGGAUGGGAUGAUCAUAUUCAAAAAGACAAGAUGUGUGUGUGUCUGUCUGUCUGUCUGUCUGUCUGUCUGUCUGUCUGUCU